UCGUCUCUUACUUAUGUGUUCACAACUUUAAUGUACCCUCUUUUAUGUUUAUGUUGAGUACAGGGUAUAAACAAUGCAAAUGAGCCAACGACUUGCAAUGAAACUCCAGCUUCAGCUGCAUCUCUGCCUUCUGCUCGUCGGGUAUGCCAUUGCACAGCCGCACAUCAUCUUCAUAUUGGCCGAUGAUCUGGGCUUCAACGAUGUGGGCUUCCGCGGCUCAGCGCAAAUUCCCACGCCCAAUAUCGAUGCGCUGGCCUAUUCGGGUCUCAUACUGAAUCGCUACUAUGUCAACGCCAUUUGCACACCUUCGCGCUCAGCGCUCAUGACUGCCAAAUAUCCCAUACACACAGGCAUGCAACACACUGUGCUCUAUGCCGCUGAGCCGCGUGGCCUGCCUUUGGAUUUGAAAAUAUUACCGCAAUAUCUGAACGAUUUGGGCUACACCUCGCACAUAGCUGGCAAGUGGCAUUUGGGCCAUUGGAAACGCGUCUAUACACCGCUUUAUCGUGGCUUUAGCAGUCAUGUGGGCUACUGGUCGGGCCAUCAGGAUUACAGUGAUCACUCGGCUGUGGAGCACGGCCAGUGGGGCCUGGAUAUGCGCAACGGCACAGACAUAGCCUACGAUCUACACGGUCAAUAUACCACAGAUGUGAUUACCCAGCAUUCGCUCAAUGUGAUAGCCAAGCAUAAUGUGACUAAGGGUCCACUGUUUCUCUAUGUGGCACAUGCGGCAGUGCAUUCGGGCAAUCCCUAUAAUCCGCUGCCUGCCAAGGAUGAUAUAGUGCGUCGCUUGGAUACGAUUCAGCAUUAUAAGAGGCGCAAGUAUGCGGCAUUGGUCACCGCCAUGGACGACUCUGUGGGGCAAAUUGUGGAGCAGCUGCGCAAGUCGCGCAUGCUCGAGAAUUCCAUCAUCAUCUUCUCCACGGACAACGGCGGCCCAGCGGAGGGUUUCAACUCAAAUUUCGCCUCCAACUAUCCGCUGAGGGGUGUUAAGAACACGCUGUGGGAGGGCGGAGUGCGAGGUGCUGCUCUGCUGUGGUCCACACAGCUAACCAAACGCCCACGCAUCGCGGAUCAGACCAUGCAUAUUGUAGACUGGCUGCCCACGCUGUUGGAGGCGGCAGGUGGUAAGGCGGCACUUGCUGCGCUGAAUAACGUUCAGCUGGAUGGAAUGAGUGUGUGGCAGGCUCUGCUCAAGAAUGAGGUAUCGCCGCGCAAGAGUUUGUUGCACAACAUAGAUGACAUCUGGGGCAGCGCCGCAUUGAGCGUGGGUGAUUGGAAGCUGGUGAAGGGCACCAACUACAAUGGCUCCUGGGAUGGCUGGUAUGGACCGCCGGGCACACGUAAUCCCCGCGACUAUGACUGGCAGCUGGUCGUGAAGAGUCCAUCAGGGCAGGCUCUGCAGCAGCUCAAAAUGUUGCCAAAAACUGUGGAUAUGAUGCGAACACGCGAAGCAGCCAACGUCAUCUGCAAGGAUGCCAAGUCUAAGAAUGCAUCCGACAUUACCUGUAACCCACUGAGAGCGCCCUGUCUGUUCAAUAUUCGUGAAGAUCCCUGCGAGCAGCGCAACCAAGCUAGCUUCUAUCCUAAAGUUCUGGAACUAAUGCUAAACGAGCUGCAGCUUAUAAAUUCGACUGCAGUGCCUCCUGCAAAUAAACCCGAUGAUCCCCGUGGGUUUCCACGUCUUUGGAACUACACGUGGACGAAUUUCGGCGACUUUAUUGACACAAGCAAUUGUAUCUAAAAUUUGAUGAAUAAAAACUUUAGAAUGAAAAUAGU